CUCUGCUCAAGUCGCAAGGAAGGCUUUAACCCCGAAGCCUACUGAAACCCUUCCGUAUCAUACAUGGCAGCCACCGGAGCCGAAGCCGCCGACCGUUCCCUGCUGGAAGGAGCCGCCCCCACUGGCGAUGCUUCCUACGGCGCGACGGGCUCCCAACCCUCCGGCGAGAGGGAGGGCCAGGGCGAGCGGCCCCGCAUGAGUCCGGAGGAGGUCAUGGCGGAGGUCAUGCGCAACGCGGACGAGUACAAGCGCAUCAUUUGGAACGCCUUCCUCAAGGGGCUGGCGCCUCUCUUCGCGGAAGCCAUGGGGACCUUCGUCUUGGUCUUCUGCGUGGGCUGCGCCGUGACCUCCCCCACGCCCUCGCCCUGGGCGCCCGUGGCGAUUGCCUCGGUGCUCACGGUCAUGGUCUAUGCCACCAGCAACAUCUCCGGCGGACACCUCAACCCUGCGGUGACCUUCGCAAUGGCCCUGCUGGGAAAGAAGUCCUGGAGCAGCGUGGUGUCCUACUGGCUGUUUCAGUUCAUGGGCGCCUUCAGCGCGGCGGCGGCCUACAAGAUCGUGUGCGCGCCGCACCUGGCGGUGGUGGCGCCGGUGCCGCCCUUCCACGCGGGCUAUGCCAUCGGCACGGAGAUGAUCUACACGGGCUUGCUGGUCUUCACAGUGCUGAGCUGCGCGGUGUCCAAGCGGAACAACCCCCCCAGCGAUCCCAACCAGUUCUUCGGGCUGGCCAUCGGCUUCGCGGCGCUGGCCGGGGGCUUCGCCUGCGGCCACAUCUCCGGGGCCGCGCUGAACCCCGCCGUGGCCGUGACCUUGGGCCUGGGCAGCGGCAAGGAUCCCCAUUGGGCCCUGACCUGGUUCGGCGCGGAGCUGGCGGGCGCCACCAUGGGCGCGGCGCUCUUCCGGAUGCUCCGCGCAAACGAGUUCGCUUCGGGCGAGGAGGCGCCGGAAGCCGAGGGCGAGCCCCCCGUGCCGGACUACAAGCUGCGGUGCCUGGCGGAAUUCGUGGGCACCUUUGUGCUGGUGCUCACGGUGGGCCUGAAUGUCGUCUCGGGGUCUCGAGCAACUGCCUACUCGGCCGCCGCCGUCUUGAUGUGCAUGAUCUGCUCUGUGGGCGACAUCUCCGGUGGCCAUUUCAACCCCGCAGUGACGGUGGCGGUGCUGCUCAGCGGCCGGGAGAAGAUCUUGCGCCCGGACGCGGUGCGCUACGUGGGGGCGCAGCUGGCGGCCGGGGCGCUGGCCGGGUUGGUCUAUGCCUUCUACCACCUGGGCUCGGGAGUGGCUGAUAAGUCCAUCAAGCUGGUGCCCGGCAAGGGCUAUGACACAACUCAGGCGGCGCUGGCGGAGCUGAUCACCACGGGGGUCUUGGCCUACACGGUGCUGACUGUGGCCACGGUGAAGGACUACAAGACCCGCGACGUGGCGGGCCUCGUCAUCGCCUUCGCGUUGACGGGCGGCAGCUUCGCGGUGGGCUCCGUGUCCGGAGGCGAGCUGAACCCCUCGGUGGUGCUGGGCUUGGUGCUUGGCAACGCGAUCAACCCCGGCACGGGCCCCGUGCUCAAUUGGAUGGCCCUGCUCACCUGCGAGUUUCUGGGAGGGAUGGUGGCCAGCGGCGUCUUCCGCUUCACGCACCGGAAGGAGUUCAUGGCGCCCGAAGACAAGGAGACUGUCAAGGGAUUGAACGAGGAGGCGGAUGAGGAUGUUGAGGCGCAGUCCUGAGCCGGCGAACAGGAACCGAUCCGAGAGAAGCCCUGGCGAAAGGCUUUCCCGCGGUGCGUGGGCGUGUGUGUCCUUUUAGUGGG